AUGGACAACGUCUCCGCCAGUCAAGGCAAGGUUGACGCAGAUGAAAAAGAGGGGUUGGCACUCAAACGGCAAAUCGGCCUGGGUGGCUGCAUCGCCUUCGUAGUCGGUUCGGUCAUCGGCUCCGGGAUCUUCAUCUCCCCGAAGGGCGUGCUUCAGAACACCGGCAGCGUGGGGUUGUCUCUCGUCGUCUGGGUCGCCUGUGGGAUACUCUCCACCAUCGGGGCUCUCUGCUACGCUGAGCUGGGGACGUGCAUUACAAAAUCCGGCGGUGAUUUCACGUACAUUUUGUUGAGUUUUGGGCAACUGUUAGCUUUCCUUCGAUUGUGGACAAUGCUGCUCUCGGUGCUCACGGCAGCCAAUGCGGUCCUAGCUACAACGGCUGCUACGUACUUGGUGGGACCAUUCUUUGGAGAAUGUAAUGUGCCAACGGUUGUUAUUCAAUUGCUUGGAUUAACCUUAAUAGCUGCCGUAUUCUUCUGUAACAGUGUGAGUGUAGCAUGGAGUAACCGAGUCCAGAUUAUUUUCAGUGUCGCCAAAGUACUGGGUCUAGUCAUCAUCAUAGUGUCGGGCGUGGCUCUCAUGAUACAAGGUAAAACUGAAAACUUGACGGAUGGUUUCGUUUCGGAUUUGGAGGUUCCACUCUCAAACAUCCCCUUGGCUUUCUACUCAGGUCUCUUUGCAUUCGGUGGAUGGGAAAACUUGCCCACCUUUACCGAGGAAAUUGUGCAACCAUCAAGAAAUAUUCCUCUUGGAAUUAUCAUCUCUAUGACCAUCAUUACGGGUGUCUACAUCAUGGCUAAUCUAGCCUACUUCGUUGUCCUGACACCGGCUGAGCUCCUUGCGUCAGAUGCUGUUGCAUUGACCUUCAGCGACCGUGUUAUGGGUUCCUGGUCGGUGGUCAUUUCCGUGGUGGUUGCUUUGUCUUGUGUCGGGGCGUCCAAUGGAUCAAGUUUCGCAUUUGCAAGGAUUCUCAUGGUUGCCUCUCGUGAAGGGUUGAUGCCACAAAUUCUUGGGAUGAUAAACGUGGACUACCUUACACCUCUUCCAGCUAUCAUCGCCAUGUUCCCGAUAAUUGCGAUCAUGAUGAUGUUUGAUGUCAGCUCACUUAUCAAUUAUAUUAGCUUCACCCAGUGGCUGUUCCUAUCUAUCGCUGUAGCCACCAUACCAUACUUCAGAUGGAAGUACCCUAACAUGGAAAGACCGUUCAAGGUGCCGAUCCUUCUUCCACUGAUCUUCAUCAUCUGCUCUCUGUCUGUUGUAGUCAUCUCCAUCUACUCCUCACCAGCCGACGUCGGUGUCGGUGCUCUGAUUACAAUCACCGGGGUACCAGUCUAUUUUGUAUUCGUCUGGUGGCAGAAGAAGCCUCGCUGGUUCACUGAUUCAGUAGAUUUGGUGACCUGCUGUCUUCAAAGGUUUCUGCUAAUUUCACCACAAAAGGUGAAGCUGUGA